GAAGACGGCAGCAGCAAGUCAGAAUCCCUAUACCAGGGCCAGAAACCGACCCACUACCUUCCUCCUCUCCGCCUCAAUCAGCACGGGAGCAAUCGUCACCCACAAAGGCCGAGUUUCAAUCUGCCCUGAAGCUAGUACGAGAAGUGAUUGGGACGGAUCGGAAGCUUACCCUCGAGCUCGCUCGGUCAUACGAGCGAGUACGCCAAUGGCGAGAGAAAUGGGGUUACUCGCCACUCAGUUCAGAUGCGCUUGAAUCGCCUCCUCCCUACUCACCGCCCCGAGAGUCGUCCACCCAAGCAGUAUCCCCUCAAAAGAUCAGAUCUUCUCCUCUUCGAAUUUCCUCGUCCCCUGCCCCCGACCCGAUCCCGAACCCACCGAUCCCAGGCGACCCAGCGCCGUCAGCCGAAGCUCUAUUUGACUUGAUAAACACCUUUGCGAAAGAGAGUGGCUUUGGUAUUGUCCGACGGAACGCCUACUCAUAUAACGGUCGGAGGAUGAGAUAUUCUUUCCAAUGUGACAGAUACGGAGAACCACGGCCUAGCAGAGGUGCAGGUCUUCGGCAACGGAAGUCCCGGAAGUGCGGAUGCAAGUGGAUGGUGAUAGCCGAGGCUCUAGAAGAGGGCGAGUGGCUCCUACGACAACACCCAAACCCGGAACACAGUCAACACAACCAUGGGCGUAGUAUUAGACCGUCUGCGCACCCUUCCCAUAGACGGCUGACUACACCCAUCAGGGCAACCAUUGAGUCGACAAGCCGUCGGGUCGGUAUCCGGGCCCGUGACGUACGGGCUGUGGUCCAAGAGCAACACCCCGAAUCAACCUUCACGCAGAGGGACAUCUAUAACGCCCGGGCUCUCAUCAAUCGAGACAAGUUGAAUGGCUACACUCCCACUGCAGCACUGAUCAAGCUAUUUGAUGAGAUGGACGUUCCUUACGUCGUUAAGUGGGCGGAUGAUGAGCCAAGCCGCCUCGUUGGCCUUGUCUGGACCUUUUCCUACUGUCUCAAGAUGUGGAAGCGGUUUCCCGAGGUCAUCAGCUUCGACAACACAUACAACACCAACCGCUUCAAGCUUCCGUUAUUCCAGGCAACAGGACAGACUUGCCUUGGUUCUGUCUUCAAUGCGGCUUUCGGUCUGAUCGACAACGAGAGACGGGAGGGGUUCCAAUUCCUCUCUGAGAGUAUUCGACAACUGGCAGAGCAGCACUCCAUUUGCCAACCGGACGUCAUCGUUACCGACUUCGACGAUCAGAUGAAGGCCGCCCUGAAUGAUCAGUUCCCUGAUGUACAGCAGCAGCUCUGUAUCCACCACAUCAAUUCGAACGUCCUGCUCAAAUCAAAGCAAAAGUGGGUCAAGGGCCGCAGUAGUAGCAGUAGUCCCGACAGCAGCGACGAGGAUAAGUCUACUCCACAGGUACGGGCUGAGCUUAGCCCGAAAGACCGACAGUUAGUCCACGCGUCGACAUCUGAGGACAUCCCUCAUAGUUAUCGAGGGGUUCUCAUGAUGUGGAAGCUCGUCUUGUUUGCCGAGACUGAGGACGCUCACGAGAAGGCGUGGAGAAACCUCUGUAGGGAAUUUGAUGACCAGCGGGCUAUCCUCCGGUAUCUCCAUGGAACCUACAUGCCUGUAAGGGCCCAGUGGGCACGCUGUUUCAUCCGCAAGUAUCGCAACUUUGGCAUCCGCGUCACCUCUGGCACAGAAGCAAGCAACAACAACAUCAAGAGCUACCUUCUAAACGGUAUGAGCCACCUGUAUCGACUUGUCGAAGCUCUGCAGGACAUGAU